GCCAGCGCCCCUUCCACGCGCGAAUCCGACAGGCGUGAAUAUGGCGUAGCUGUCAGAUGCGCUAGAAAGGCAAUUAUUUACUGAUAUAAAGAUGUUUUCGUCGUAGUAAAUACUAGAUUUUAUUACAUUUACCAAGUCAGUUAGUAGUGUGAUACUCUUUAUUUCAACUAGCUGCUAGUGUUUUGAGUAUUUCAAGCUGGAUGGAAGGUUUGCCGCUAGAAGAAAACAUAAAGGGGCGGCUCGACUGUCAGCUAACGUUCGCUUCCUAGCUAACUAGUUAACUAGACAACACCAACAAUGUCGGAUAACCAGAGCUGGAAUUCCUCGGGUUCCGAUGAAGAUUUGGAUCCCGCGGAAUCGGGAGUAGGACAGCCUGUUGUUGGAAUCGCCGAGUACAGUGGAAUCCUCAGCAAGUGGACCAACUACAUCCACGGCUGGCAGGAUCGCUGGGUGGUUCUGAAGAACAACACUCUGAGCUACUACAAGUCUCAGGAUGAGAGAGAGUUUGGCUGCAGAGGGUCCCUAUGUCUCAGCAAGGCUGUCAUCACUCCCCUUGAAUUUGAUGAGUGCAGGCUUGACAUCAGUGUUAACGACAGUGUGUGGUACCUGAGAGCCAUAGACUCAGAACACAGACACCAGUGGAUCAACUCCAUCGAACUACACAGGAGCCUUAGAGACGGGAGGAUAGACAGUGGAGUCAUCCAGAGGACCUCACUAGUCCCUCCAUCAGCGGUGUGUUUAAUGGCUGAGUCUGGGUAUGGUUCAGAGUCCAGUCUGAGAAGACAUGGCUCUAUGGUGUCUCUCACGUCUGCUACCAGCGGCUACUCCACCACAUCCACCUCCUCCUUCAAGGGCCACAGCCUGAGGGAGAAGCUGGCAGAGAUGGAGACGUUCAGAGACAUCCUGUGCAGACAGGUGGACACGUUGCAGAAAUACUUUGACGGCUGCACCGAUGCCGUCUCCAAGGACGAGCUGCAGAGAGACACAAUUGUGGAUGAUGAUGAGGAUGAUUUCCCCAACACUCGGUCAGAUGGAGAGUUCAUCCACAACAACAACGGCAGCAAGGAGAAGCUAUUCCAGUCUCUGAGCACUAAGGACAUCAAUGGGAUAGAUUUUAAGGGUGAAGCCAUCACGUUCAAGGCCACCACAGCUGGGAUCCUGGCCACCCUGUCCCACUGCAUCGACCUGAUGGUGAAGAGAGAGGACAGCUGGCAGAAGAGACUGGACAAGGAGCUGGAAAAGAGGAGGAGGAUAGAGGAGGGCUACAAGUCUGCUCUCUCUGAGAUCAAGAAGAAAUCUCACUUCAGAGGCCCUGAUUACGAGGAGGGGCCUAACAGCCUGAUCAAUGAGGAUGAGUUUUUUGAUGCAGUUGAAGCAGCUCUCGACAGACAAGAUAAGAUAGAGGAACAGUCUCACACUGAGAAGUUGAGGAUACAGAGGUCCGGUCCAGUUCCCCCAGGAGAUGUCUACUCCACCAGGGGAUCACACAGAUUUGCCGACAAGGUGGAGGAGAUGGUGCAGAAUCACAUGACCUACUCGCUGCAGGAUAUGGGCGGAGAUGCCAACUGGCAGCUGGUGGUGGAGGAAGGAGAGAUGAAGGUGUACAGGAGAGAGGUAGAGGAGAACGGUAUCGUCCUGGACCCCCUGAAGGCCACUCACUCCGUAAAGGGAGUGACAGGACACGAGGUGUGCCACUAUUUCUGGGACACAGAUGUACGCAACGACUGGGAAACUACUAUUGAGAACUUCAACGUUGUGGAGACGUUAUCGGAAAAUGCUGUUAUCGUCUAUCAGACACACAAGAGGGUGUGGCCUGCCUCUCAGAGAGAUGUGCUCUACUUGUCUGCCAUGAGGAAGAUCCUGGCUAACAACGAGAACGACCCUGACACCUGGCUGGUCUGCAACUUCUCUGUGGACCACGACAACGCCAUGGUCAGUAUAACCCCCCUACCCCUACCGACCCAGACACCUGCCUGGUCUGCAACUUCUCUGUGGACCACAACAACGCCAUGGCCAUUCUCAGUCUAGUCUUCUUGGAGAUGGGCUUUUCCAGGAAUUCCUGAUUCCCCAGACUG